AUGAGCGAGGGGACUGUAUGUACACCUGCUGAUGACGCCAGCAGCACAACUGCUGCUGCUGCUGCUGCUGCAGCAGCAGCAGCAGCAUCCGAAGCAGCAGCAGCAGUGCCUCCAACAGCAGCAGCAACUCCCGCAGCAGCAGCAGCGCAGCAUCCGAAGCAGCAGCAGCAGUGCCUCCAACAGCAGCAGCAACUCCCGCAGCAGCAGCAGCAGCAGGAGCACCAGGAGAAGAGCGCACUCAAGGCAAGAAGUAUCCUAGGGGGAUGCGUUGAUGCUGGGUUUCGUUUCUCUGAAUGCGAGCGGCUGCAGCUGCUAGCAGCAGCAGCAGCAGCAGCAAGAAGAGAGACAGAAAGAAAAACAAAAGCUGCUGUCUCCUUGCGGCAGCAACUCCUCGGGGUUGCACCAGACACAAAGACAGACAAAACUGCUGCUGCUGCUGCAGCAGACAGACCCAGCAACCGCGCAGCUGCAGCAUCAACAUACACCUCAACCAGCAGCAGCAGCAGCAGCAGCAGCAGCAGCAGCAGCAGCAGCAGCAGUUCGUGUCUUGCUGAAUGGCAGCUGGAUGUGGUGAACGAGCAGCUGAGGCUGUUGGCUGCAGCAGUGGAAGCAAAUGAAAGCAGCAGCAGCAGCAGCAGCAGCAGCAGCGGGAAUGCUGCUGCAGCAACACCUGCAGCAGCAGCAGCAGCAGCAGCCAGCGCGCGCAGGAGCAGCCGUCUUGCGCCCCUGAAGAACACGACAGAAGCAGCAGCAGCAGCAGCAGCAACAGCAGCAGCAGCAGCAGCAGCAGCAGAAGCAGCAACUAUCCCCCUAAAGGAAGCCCAAAAAAUAUGUAAGCUGCUGCAGCAGGACGCCUUCAGAAUUGGUGUGUCUUUGUCUGCUGCUGCUGCAGCAGACCUUGAGGUGUAUGUACAGCUCUGCGCCGAGCAAGAGAGAGAAGCAGCAGCAGCAGCAGCAGCUGCUGCUGCUGCUGCUGCUGCUGCAGCUCCUCCUGCGAACAAAACAACUGCAGCAGGAUCAGCAGGAGCAGCAGCGAAGGGCCGCGCAGCAGCUGCUGCUGCAGCAGAGCAGCAGCAACAACAGCAGCAAAACAAAGAUGCAGCAGCAGCAGCAGCAGCAGCAGCAGAAACCAGACCUUGA